GGGGCGGCGGAAGCGGCGUGACGCCAGUUCCGGCGUGACGCCAGUUCCGGCGGAGCGGUGCGGCCGAGCAUGGCGGGGGAGGUGCUGGGGCGGACGGCGGCGCUCGCCCUGGAGGAGCUGUACGUGUCCGAGCGGGAGGGCAGCGACGCCACCGGCGACGGCACCCAGAAGAAGCCCUUCAAGACCCUUCUGAAGGCUCUGAUGACGGCAGGGAAGGAGCCAUUCCCCACCAUUUACGUGGACUCUCCGAAGGAGAACGAGAGGUGGGCCCUUAUCUCCAAGUCCCAGAUGAAGAAUGGGAAGAAGCUGUGGCACAGGGAGCAGAUGAAGAGCGAUGCCAAGGAGAAGAGGGAGGCAGAGGAUCUGCUGAGGAGGGAGAAGAACCUGGAGGAGGCCAAGAAGGUUGUCAUCAGGAACGACCCCAGCCUGCCAGAGCCCACCUGUGUGAAGAUCCGCGCGCUGGAGGCCUACAGGGGCCAGAGGGUGAAGGUCUUCGGCUGGGUGCACAGGCUGCGGAGGCAAGGCAAAACCCUGAUGUUCCUGGUGCUGCGGGAUGGCACAGGCUUCCUGCAGUGCGUGCUGGCCGACGAGCUGUGCCAGUGCUACAACGGGCUGCUCCUGUCCACGGAGAGCAGCGUGGCUGUCUAUGGCACCCUCAACCUGGUUCCCGAGGGCAAGCAGGCGCCAGGGGGCCACGAGCUGAGCUGUGACUACUGGGAGCUGGUGGGGCUGGCCCCGGCCGGCGGCGCCGACAACCUGCUGAACGAGGCCUCGGAGGUGGACGUGCAGCUCAACAACCGGCACAUGAUGAUCCGCGGCGAGAGCAUGGCCAAGGCCUUCAGGGUGCGCUCGGCUGUGCUGCAGGCCUUCCGCGAGCACUUCCUCCAGGGCGGCUACUGCGAGGUGACGCCCCCGACGCUGGUGCAGACGCAGGUGGAGGGAGGCUCCACGCUCUUCAAGCUGGAUUACUUCGGGGAGGAGGCCUACCUGACCCAGUCCUCCCAGCUCUACCUGGAGACCUGCCUGCCGGCGCUGGGCGACGUCUUCUGCGUGGCGCAGUCCUACAGGGCCGAGCAGUCCCGCACCCGCCGGCACCUGGCAGAGUACACUCACAUCGAGGCCGAGUGCCCCUUUAUAAGCUUCGAGGAGCUGCUGGCCCGCCUGGAGAGCCUGGUGUGUGACGUGGUGGACAGGGUGCUCAGGUCCCCUGUGGCCAGCCUGCUCUACGAGCUCAACCCGGGCUUCCAGCCGCCGCGCCGCCCCUUCCGCCGCAUGGACUACGGCGAGGCCAUCGCCUGGCUGCGCCAGCACGGCGUCACCAAGGACGACGGCAGCCUCUACGAGUUUGGCGAGGACAUCCCCGAGGCUCCCGAGAGGCUGAUGACAGACACCAUCAACGAGCCCAUCCUGCUCUGCCGCUUCCCCGCCGAGAUCAAGUCCUUCUACAUGCAGCGCUGCCCCGAGGACCCUCGCCUCACCGAGUCCGUGGAUGUGCUGAUGCCCAACGUGGGGGAGAUCGUGGGGGGCUCCAUGCGCAUCUGGGACAGCGAGGAGCUCCUGGAGGGCUACAAGAGGGAGGGCAUCGACCCCGCGCCCUACUACUGGUACACCGACCAGAGGAAGUAUGGCACAUGCCCCCACGGAGGCUACGGGCUGGGCCUGGAGCGCUUCCUCACCUGGAUCCUGAACAGGCACCACAUCAGGGACGUCUGCCUGUACCCACGCUUCGUGCAGCGCUGCCGGCCCUAGCCCGCUGCCGCGGCCGGCACAGGGCCCCCUGCGGGCGGCUGCUCCCGGCCGAGCGGCAGCAGAAGCUGGAGCUCUUUGCAGUCACAGAGGUGCUGAGCGCAGCCCGAGGGGACUCCCGAGCGGCUCAGCACCACCUCUCG